UAGUAAUAGAAAAACUGAUUUUACAAAUAUCGAUGAUCUUAACAAGAGUAGGUUUGUUGUGAAAGUGUCAGAUCUUUUGAUUCGGUUCUAUCUUGAAAUUCGAAUAUUAAAUCAUCUAGUUGACGUGAGCGAUCUGCAAGACACACUAUCAAUUCGAAAUUUGAAAAUCAUUUUUUCUGUUAACACAACAUUUAUUUAAAAAUAUUCUUUUAAUUUAGUUUUUAUUAAAUCUUCAAAUGUUUCUUCACAACUAUCAUUAAAUAAUUCUUUAACUUAUAUUCAUACAAUAAGUAUUCGACAAUCGAUAAUUUAUUUUAUUUGGUUCAUGUUAUGCAUCAAGUAUAAAUAGUGCAAUACGAGAGUAAAAUAAACAAAAAAAUGAAUUUGUUCUAUUCUGUCUGUUUUUUUGUUUUCUAUUUUAGUUUUUAUUGAACUAAAAAAAAUUAGUCUUAAAAAAUAUAUUAAUAUACAAAUGAAAGUGAUUUUCAAGCUGCUAUACUCGAUUUACUUGUUCAAUUACUUUUAAUUCGUGUUAAUUAUGAUUAAUUAGAAGCUGAUGAAAUUCGUUGCAUUUCUAAUCGUUUCGUUUAUUUUUAAAUAGCAUUUUAUUUAUUGUAUUGCUGAAUUUCUUGUUAUGUUAUCACAUGAUACAUUUCAUUCAAAACAAGUUAUUAAAAUACAAGAUUUAAUAAAACAUUAUGAUUCAUUAUUAGCAAGUGGACAUGAACCUGAAACACAUGCUUUAGCAGCAUUAGAACCAGUUUUAUAUGAUUUUUUUUCUUUUAUUAUUAAUAGUGUUCAAAUUGAAGAUGAUAAAUGGAAACGUCUUUCACGACAAAUUGUCGAUUUACUUCUUGCUCAUUUACAAUCUCAGUUGCAAGUCAUUAAUUUUUUUUGUGAAGGAAUACAUUUGUAUGAAAGUGGUCUUAUAUUAGUUUUAUUAAUUGAACAAUUUCUUCCAUUACCAUUAUAUAAACAACUAUUACCUAAAUAUUUACCAUUAAUAUUAUAA